AUUGGAGGGCGUGACGCAGUUACAGGCGAGCGCAGAUGUUGACGACCAGUGUGUAAGAUGCGGCUCGCGCGACCGGUGCAGACGUUCUCCAGGGCCGUGCGCCAGACUUGGAAGCACCCCCGUGUGCUCCCCAAGGCCGCCCUCAGUAGACUACUCUGCUCUUCUGUCCAACACCCUGUGCCUCUGCCUCUCGCGACCUCCACGGCGCUCCCGGAGAUAACCGAUGCCUUCCCCGGACUCCAGACACACGAGGACAUUCACAGGUUCUCCGUAGAACAGCCCGAAGAGUUCUGGGGUCGCCUGGGCCGCUCUCGCCUUGAGUGGCAGAAGGACUUUAGCGCCGUCACUGACCACGACUUCGACCAACAUGUGUUCCGAUGGUUCCCAGAUGGCCAGCUCAACGUGUCGGUCAACUGCGUGGACAGACACGCCCGUAUCCACCCGGACCGCGUGGCCCUUCUGUGGGAGCAGGACGAGCCGGGCCACACGCAGAAGGUGACGUACAGGGAACUGCAGGAGCUAGUAUGCCGUCUGGCGAACGUCCUGCAGGAUAGCGGUGUCGGGCGAGGGGACCGCGUGGCCAUAUACCUCCCCGUGUCUCCCCUCGCCGUCGCCUCCAUGCUCGCCUGCGCCAGGAUCGGGGCCGUCCACUCCGUCGUCUUCGCGGGCUUCUCUGCCGACGCCCUCGCCUCCAGGAUCCAGGACGCUGGUGCAGAGACAGUCAUAACAGCUGACCAGUCGGUGCGCGGAGGAAAAACAAUCCACCUGAAAAAGGUGGUUGACGCCGCUGUCGCCAAGUGUCCCUCCGUCAGGCACGUCUUCGUCGGCACUCGCACGGGCGGCGAGGUGCACAAGGGCGCGAAGGACGUGCAUUUAGAUCAGGCCAUGCGAGGCGCGUCCACCGAGUGCGCCCCCGCCCUCCAGAAUGCCGAGGACUUGCUGUUCCUCCUGUACACCUCCGGCAGUACAGGCUCUCCCAAGGGCGUCGCUCACUCCACGGCCGGAUACCUGCUCUACGCCGCCGUCACCCACAAGCACGUGUUCGAUUACCAAGACGGGGACGUGUUCGGAUGCGUGGCCGACAUCGGCUGGAUCACGGGGCAUUCGUACGUGGUUUACGGACCGCUGGCCAACGGCGCCACCACGGUCCUCUUCGAAAGCACGCCUAAUUAUCCGGAUCCAGGCAGAUACUGGGACACAAUUCAGCGCCUGGGCAUCACCCACUUCUACUGCGCCCCGACGGCACUGCGUCUCCUUCUGCGCCACGGCGACGCGUGGCCACAGCAGUACGACCUGUCCUCUCUGCGCGUCCUCGGCUCCGUCGGCGAGCCCAUCAACCAUGAGGCCUGGCACUGGUUCAACGACGUCGUGGGCGGGAGGCGCUGCGAGCUUGUCGACACCUGGUGGCAGACAGAGACUGGCGGCGUCAUGCUCAGCCCGCGCCCCUCGGCCCCCGGCGCUGCCAUCAAGCCCGGCAUGCCCAUGAGACCCAUGUUCGGCAUCAAGCCUGUUCUCUGCGACACCGACGGGAGCGCCGUGGAGGGCAUGGGCGUGAACGGGGCGCUGUGCGUGGGCUCCGUGUGGCCGGGCAUCUCGCGGACCGUGUACGGCGACCACCGCCGCUACGUCGACACGUACUUCGCUCCCUUCCCGGGCUACUACUUCUCGGGCGACGGGGCGCUGAGGGACGAGGACGGCCACUACCAAAUCACGGGGCGAAUGGAUGACGUCAUCAACGUGACAGGGCACCGCCUGGGCACAGCGGAGGUGGAGGAUGCCAUCACGGAACACCCAGAGGUCGCCGAGAGUGCCGUCGUUGGCUUCCCGCAUGAUGUCAAGGGCGAGGGAGUCUUCGCCUUCAUUGUCCUGAAGGAGGACGUCCAGUCAUCCGAGGAGGAGAUCGUAGCUGAUCUCAGGAAGACGGUCAGAUCAACCAUUGCUGGAUAUGCUGUACCUGAUGUUAUAUUGGUGUGCCCCGGCCUGCCCAAGACCCGCUCAGGCAAGAUCAUGCGACGGAUCCUGAGGAAGGUGGCGGCGGGGCAGCUGGAGGAGAUGGGCGACACAUCCACUCUCGCCGACCCCUCCGUCGUCCAGGCCAUCGUCAGCGCCCACGAGUCUCUCAACGCGCCCUAACACACCGGCCAUCAUCCCGCGCUUCUUUGUCCUUAACAAUUCCCUUUUCUUAUCACGUCCCUCCCCACCCCCCUCUUCCCCUCGUUCUUAUCAACACGGCGUUAUCUCUUCGUGUUCUUUAGUUUUCCGUCGUUACAAGCAGACGAACUCUUCACCUACGAUGAGCUAUCAGUUGUUCUAGACGUUUCUUAUCGUGCUAUCGACUUCUGUCUGAAGAGGAUGUUUGCAGAGAGAGAGAGGGGGAGAAAAAAAGAGAGAGAGAGAGAGAAA